CGCAGUGUCACUUACGAAAACAGCUGUUGAACAGAAAUUAUUCAGAAAUUCAAAGUUGGUCGGCAGUUAUAUUGGUUUUUAAUCACUUUAUAUACAAAUCAAGCAUGAACAUAUGCAAAAAUUUCAAGUUUCUACGCCUCACUCGAUGCUGCAUGCGUAACUUUGCCGACACCCGGCCUGGGAAGCCAACUUCCACUCUGGAGAAAUUGGCCCACCGGGAGCUGACUCGGGUCCAUGGGGCGGAGGUGCUGCCGUUUUUGCAAGGUCUGGUCACCAACGAUGUGUCCCACUUGCAGCGGCCGGAUGGUCCGUCCUCCAUAUACGCCAUGUUCCUGAACAAAGGGGGGCGAGUGCUAUACGACACGAUCGUAUAUCGUACAGACAGCCCGGACACCUACCUUCUGGAGUGCGACCGGCAAGUUUCCGAGGAGUUCAGACGCCACUUGCGCACCUUUCGCGUUCGCAAGAAGAUCGACAUCGACUCUAUCGAUGAUGAAUACGCGCCCUGGGUCCUGUUCAAUGGCCACAACGGGGGCGAAAAGCUGCAAAAUAACAAAGAAUUGGAAGUCUUCAUCUCAUCAGAUCCCAGGCUCGCAGCGCUGGGCACACGCAUUCUGGCUCCCACAGACUUGGGCUUGCAGCAGCUGGUCAGCGGCUUGUGGCGCAAGAAUGAGGCGAAUCUGACACCGCCGUCAUCGGGGAGCAACUAUCAAUUGCUGCGCUACAAGCAGGGCGUUGGCGAGGGCAGUGAGGAGCUGCCGCCGGGCAAGUGCUUUCCCCUGGAGGCGAACGCAGACUUCCUCAACGGCGUAAGCUUCAACAAGGGCUGCUAUGUGGGCCAGGAGCUCACCGCCCGCAUUCAUCACUCGGGUGUGAUACGCAAGCGCUAUAUGCCCAUACGUCUGACGGCGCCAUUGGGAGCCAACCAGACGGUUCAGUCUGUGGCUGGUGCUAAUCUCGGACGCGUCUUUGGGCAUGCCCAUAACCAUGGCGUUGCCCUGCUGCGCAUUGAGCAGGUGCUCAACGGUGCUCAAGAGCUGGUGGUCGAUGGUGAGCGCUGCUUUGCCGAGCGUCCCGACUGGUGGCCCAGCGACCUGCCGAGCAAGCGUCGCCAGACCUUCACAGAUUGACCAUCGAGCGCUGACUGCGUUUAAUUGUUCUUAGUCUUAAGUGUUGCACAUUAUUUAGUCAUUAGUAAAGGUCAUGCUCCUUCCUCACUGU